AGUUGGCAUCAUUAAACCGUUAACCGUUCAACAGUUCAAAGUGGUUCGGAGCGUGUAGAGUCGAAACCAAUAUAAGAUAGAUCCUCCUCGAUACUGUUCCAAAUUGAUCGUGCGACUGACGGGAUCAGUUCUCGCCUUCUAAAUCGCCCCCUACGACGUUCGUGGCAAGUCGCGUGCCACCCAAUCAGGGAAUACGGAUUUCCAUUCCCACCAUCGAAGGAUAAACCUUGGCAACAUGAAGUUAAUGUGCACAGCGACAACGCUGGCUUUGGUCCUUCUAUUGGCCACCUGCUACGCCAACGCUGAGGGCGAGAAGAGCUCCGCUGCCGACGAGAAGAAGGCUGAGCCCGAGGCCAAGCCGGCCGAGGCUGCUGCCAGCGAAGACACUACAAAGUCCAAGCGCGGCCUGCAUCACUACGAGGAUUACCAUCACCAUCACCAUCAUGUGCCACACUUUCCCAUCCACGAGGAGAAGACACUGACGGUGAUCAAGAAGGUGCCGGUGCCCGUGCCCAUUGAGAAGAUCGUGCAUGUCCCCGUGGAGAAGCACAUCCACGUGCCCGUUAAGGUCAAGGUUCCAAAGCCCUAUCCAGUGAUCAAGCACAUCCCCUACGAAGUCAAGGAGAUCGUGAAGGUACCUUAUGAAGUUGCAGCGCCAUAUCCAGUUGAGAAAAAGGUUCCUUACGCCGUCCAUGUGCCGUACGAUCGCCCAGUCCCAGUAAAGGUUCACGUGCCAGCCCCUUACCCAGUCGAGAAGAAGGUUCACGUGCCGGUUAAGGUCCAUGUCCCAGCACCGUAUCCUGUUGAGAAGAUUGUGCACUACAAUGUGGAGAAGCACGUGCACGUCGACAAACCCUAUCCUGUCGAGAAGGUUGUCCACUACCCCGUGAAGGUCCCAGUUGACAAGCCCGUGCCCCACUAUAUUGACAAGCCAGUCCCCCACUACGUGGACAAGCCAGUGGCCGUGCCAGUUAUCAAGAAGGUGCCAGUUCCUGUCCAUGUCCCCUAUGAUCGUCCGGUGCCAGUGCAUGUCGAGAAGCCUGUGCCCUAUGAGGUCAAGGUUCAUGUCCCCGCCCCCUACCCAGUGAUCAAGGAGGUGCCAGUCAAGCACGAGAAACAGGUUCCGUACCCGGUGAAAAUUCCCGUGGAGAAGCCCGUCCAUGUCCAUAUCGAGAAGCACGUGCCCGAGUACCAUGAGAAGCACAUCAGCUACAAGGAGCCCGAGUUCAUCCACAAGCACAUCGAGGAGGACCACCACCACGCCCCCAUCUAUCACCAUUCAUCGCACUCACAUCCCAUCGAGGAACAUGAGCCCGAGGUGGAGCAUGAUUUUUCUUAUCAUGACUAUCAUUCAUAUCACGGUUACUAAAUUGGUGAAAUGAACUCUUUCUUUCUAUCUCUAUCUCUCUUUUGCAGCAUUGAAAAGCGCAAGCGCACCGGUAAUGAAUGGAAUAGCAGUCGUAAUUAUCCAAACUUCCGAACUUCGAACCGACAUUCCAAGUCCCUUUCCAAAAGAUACGAAACACUACCCUACCAUCCACUCCAUUCCAUAUCAUUCCCGUUCCACUCCAUUCCCCUGAUCAACUGAUUAAUACUUGCUAUGCAGAACGUGAUAAACGAUGAUUGAGAUUCAGAGAAAAUUAGACGAGAAACAGACGAACUUAGUUUUACAGACCGAACUCUCUUCUAGCUCUAAGCCAUAAACUUAAACAUAAACAUACAACAUACCACACAGAAACCAACAAAGCAAACCAUAAAACGUUGACGAAAAUACCCGUGAGAAAUGUACGAGAGAAUUGUUAAAUGAACUUUAGUUAUAGACUUCUAAGCGACACAUUUGGGCCGCACAACCCACACAACGAGAACGAAAUCGAAAUCGAAAUCGAAACCAAGAACAACUAGAACCCCUUUCCCUCCCAAGACACGGUCAGACAGACACAGACACUUGGAUCUCGUUGGGAGAUCUCUCUCUAGGAUCCAAUGGAUGUUGUACUGGUGCUGUGGAUUCUUGGAUCGGACUGUCCACCUGGGUGCAUCUUGAUGUGGUUGCUGCUGCUGUUUUGUCCUCCAGCCGCGGCUCCUCCUUCUUCUGCUCUGCUCUGGUCCCACGACUCGUGCACCCGGUUCCCAGCGAUCAUCAGCGAUCAUUCAGUUGUGUGCAGCGUCCCAGCGUUGUAAGCGUGUGAUAAGACUUCUGCUAGCGUUAAGUUUGUAGUUCGAUAAGGAGACGUCGAGGGGAGCGCAGUCGCCUGCGUCCAGCAAGCGCCUAUUUAAGUCAGUUUUUAACGAACGUAUUGUAUUAGUGUUUUAAUAUUUUCGCUCCCUAGUUUGUAAUACUUCUACAUCUAUACACACAUACAUAUAUGUAAUUUUGCUUGUAGUGAAAAGCAGACGAAACGGAUUUAUAAAAAGUACUUAAUUUACCAAAUAUUUUUGUCUCUGUAAAAACAAAAAAUUCUCAUACUAAAUGAAGCUGAUGAACAUUACACAAUAAAACGACAAAACCAAGUGAUCAAAACGAAAACAUUC